AUGGGCUCGACCGCCGAGGACGUGGCCGCGGUGGCGGACGAGGAGGCGUGCAUGUACGCGAUGCAGCUGGCGUCGUCGUCGAUCCUGCCCAUGACGCUGAAGAACGCGCUGGAGCUGGGCCUGCUGGAGGUGCUGCAGGCGGAGGCGCCCGAGGGGAAGGCGCUGGCGCCCGAGGAGGUGGUGGCGCGGCUGCCCGUGCCGCCUACCAACCCCGGCGCGGCGGACAUGGUGGACCGCAUGCUCCGCCUCCUCGCCUCGUACGACGUCGUCAAGUGCCAGAUGGAGGACAAGGACGGCAAGUACGAGCGCCGGUACUCCGCGGCCCCCGUCGGCAAGUGGCUCACCCCCAACGAGGACGGCGUCUCCAUGGCCGCGCUCGCGCUCAUGAACCAGGACAAGGUCCUCAUGGAGAGCUGGUACUACCUCAAGGACGCGGUGCUUGACGGCGGCAUCCCGUUCAACAAGGCGUACGGGAUGACGGCGUUCGAGUACCACGGCACGGACCCGCGCUUCAACCGCGUGUUCAACGAGGGCAUGAAGAACCACUCGAUCAUCAUCACCAAGAAGCUCCUCGAGUUCUACACGGGCUUCGAGGGCGUCUCCACGCUCGUCGACGUGGGCGGCGGCAUCGGCGCCACCCUGCACGCCAUCACCUCGCACCACCCUCAGAUCAGGGGCGUCAACUUCGACCUCCCCCACGUGAUCUCCGAGGCGCCGCCGUUCCCCAGCGUGCAGCACGUCGGCGGGGACAUGUUCAAGUCGGUUCCCACCGGCGACGCCAUCCUCAUGAAGUGGAUCCUCCACGACUGGAGCGACGCGCACUGCGCCACGCUGCUCAAGAACUGCUACGACGCGCUGCCGGAGAACGGCAAGGUGAUCGUCGUCGAGUGCGUGCUGCCGGUGAACACCGAGGCCGUCCCGAAGGCGCAGGGUGUGUUCCACGUCGACAUGAUCAUGCUCGCGCAUAACCCGGGCGGCAGGGAGCGGUACGAGCGGGAGUUCCGCGACCUCGCUAAGGGCGCUGGGUUCUCCGGGUUCAAGGCCACCUACAUCUACGCCAACGCCUGGGCCAUCGAGUUCAUCAAGUAA